AUGGAAGAAGUUGCGGAUGUGCCCUACGAGGGAGUCAUUGGCUGGCUCCUCUGCCGCAGAAUGCUCCCUGAAGACUACCACCUGCGGCUGAAGGGUGCGCCGCUGCAGCAAGCGCAGCAAAAGCGCAUGCAGCAGCAGCAGCAGCAGCAGCAGCGGCAGCAGCAGCAGCAGCAGCAGCAGCAGCGGGGGCUUGAGCUGCUGCAGUGUGUUUGCUUCUGCGCCGCAGGCAUGGCAGCGCACAUAAACCUGGCGCUCGAGAAGCCCCCCGAAAGCCCAGAGGCCUCUCAAUUCGUCAAAGAAAGAAAAGAAUGCCAUUUUGGAUUUAAAGAAAUAAACUCGUUGGUGGAAAUCCUUCAGAAGGAGGGGGCGGCCGAGGGAAUCCUCGCGAAAGCCUUCGGCUCUGCGGUGUACAGACAGUGGCGCCGCCUGCAGCGAACUUUCCAGCAGCAAAAUUUGCACUUGGCGGACAUUUCUCGCGCCCUCGCCAGGGCCGCCAACGUCCUCGUGCCCGCGCAGCAGAAAACGCUGCAGCAGAAGCAAAGAAUGCUAGCGGACAGCGAGAAGAAGGAGCAGCAGCUGCAGCAAGCAGCAGCAGCAGCAGAAGAAGUGUACAGGCAGCUGUGCACGAAGUAUGGCAUUGAAGAAGCAGCAGCAGGAGAUCCGCUGCUGCUGCAGAAGCAGCUCCAGGUGUACGUACACCGCAAGCUGCCCGUGCGGCUGCAGCAGGCGCAGCAGCUGCUGCAGCAGCAAGGCGAGCAGCUGCUUUCCUUUUAUCAAUCUUUUGCUGCUUAUGCAACUUCGGGGGCCCCUCUUAAGGAGGGGGGGGGCCCCCUGCUGCCGCUGCUGCGGCUGGUUGCUGCAGAGGGCAACAUGGCGGUGGCAGCAGCAGCAGCAGCAGCGCCGGAGAUCCCCCUGCUGCAGCAGCAGCUGCAGCAGCAGCAGCAGCAGCAGCAAGACGCAGAGGCCGCAGCGCACAUCGAAAUUCAGCAGCAGGGAGAAGAAGGGGCCCCCCAAGAGGGGGCCCCUGCAGCAGACACGCGAGGCUGGAUUGUUGAGGAGGGAAUAGAGGACAGCAGCAGCAGCAGCAGCAGCAGCAGCAGCAGCAACAGCAGCAGCAGCAGCAGCAGCAGCAGCAGCAUUAAAGAUACGCUUCUGGGCAAUGACACAAUUAGGCGGCAGCUGCUGCUGGAGCUAAUGGAGCUGCGGGGCUUCCUCUACAGCCGCGUGCUGCAGUCUGCUGCUGCAGCAAACAGCAGCAAAAGCAAACAGCAGCAGCAGCAGCAGCAGCAGAACUGGCAAGAAACCACCUUUCUCCCGAGUGAGCUCCAGAGGAAAAAGGAAGAGUUGUUGGGGUACCAGGACUGCGUGGAGCAGCUGCAAGAGCUGCUGGGGGGUGCCGAGACACUGCAGCUGCUGCAGCUGCUGCAUAACCAGGCGGCACUAGACUCGCUAUCGAAUGAGGUUGCUGCUGCUCGGGCGGCUUGUCAGAAGCCCCUCAGUGCUGCUAAGGAGCAGCGGAGGAAGCAGGCGACGCUCAAGAGCGAAGUGGCGGCAGCAACUGCAGCACUCGAGAAGCAGCGGCGAGAGCUGCAGCAGCUGCAGGAGCUGCUGCAGCAGCAAAUGGCAUCAGCAAUUUGCAGAAAAGUGCGGAUUACGGGCAUACCGAGAGAGCGGUUGCCGUGA